AGGAGCAGCCUGUCAGUCGAGCAGCAGGGCAGACACAACUUCUGAACCCACGGUUGCUAUUGGUCACUUUCUUGUAAUGCGUGGACGUACACGGAAGCGAGUCUCUGUGAUGUGAUGUGGACAAAAUGAUCGGAGACCUAUUGAUAUUUGGGACCUUACUGGUGAAUGCAGGAGCUGUGCUGAAUUUCAAGCUCAAAAGGAAGGAGUCUCAAGGAUUUGGAGAUGAGUCCAGAGCACCGACAACAGGUGACAACAUCAGAGAGUUUCUGCUCAGCCUGCGGUACUUCCGGAUCUUUAUCGCCCUGUGGAACAUCUUCAUGAUGUUCUGCAUGAUCCUAUUAUUUGGAUCAUGAUCAACACCCGUGGGAUGGAUGACGUCUAUCAGAAUGCUGACAACAUGGAUGACUACUUGUUUAUUAGUUGCUCUUUUGGCCCUUAAAACUCUAAUUAUGCUCCAUUUACCUUUAAGAUCCCAAAGCUUAAAGCUACUUCUGUUUGAACAGGUAUUUAGGAAUUACGGGAUAUAUUGUUUCCUACAGAAGUUGUUACUUUUUGACCCUUUUUUGUUAGAGCUGUUACUGUACCAGUCCCCCCCCGACCUCUGAUGUUCACGUGUUGUCUCCUGUCCUUGUAUAUGCUUGCAAAUCACAGCAUGUUACCUCUAGAACAGUGGUUCCCAACCAUUUUUCCUUGCGCCCCCUCACACACACACACACACACACACACACUACUUGCAUCAUUAAAAGCAGAGCCCUCCAGGGCCCACAUAUUAAAAAAAGAAAUGAAUUCAUUGAUUAAAAUCCCAACAGGAAUGGCCUACACACACUUGUUUUUAUCAAAAUGAUUUAGUAAAAACUAUCCAAUAAGUGUGUUAUCAACAUUUUUGGUAGUGCAUAUCUAACACCCUUCUGAUAACAUAACAGACAAAGCCUCUUGCCUCCUCUCUCCUGAGAUCUCUGACCCCGAUCGGGAACAAAGCUCUUGCCUAUCAGUUUACAAAUUCGACACACACCAGGUUUGAAAAUGCUGUCAGAGUUCAAAUGGAUUCAACAAGAUCCUUCAAAAUGUCCACUCUCACUUAAAGAAGUCUGGAUUUCCUCUGUCGGUGAUAAGUGACAAAAACAUUUACCCAUUUACCCAUCAUCUGCGAUGCAUUGCAUUGUCAAUACAGACCAUUUUAAUGCAGCCCCUCAGAUAUAAAACAAAUUCCAUGUUGCUGAGCUCUGAGGCACGUGCUGUAUGUAAAUGUAUAUGCACUGUUAUGUAAAUGUUUCUUUAUUAACAAUAAAAAAAGUUUUCUUAUCUAAUGUCUGCCAAUUGACUUCCAAUUAUAUACAUGUAAACUGCAUACAUAAUGUCUGUCUCCUUUGUCAAUUAUCAUUAUUUAGGAUGAGACGUCUGCAUGAUACUUCAUCUUAAUAAUACAACUUACCAAGUGUAUACAAAACA